GAGGGAGGGAGCGCGAGCUGAGGCACGCGCCCGCCGGUCCGCGCCCAGCCCCGCGCCGCCGCCUCAGCAGCCAUGGCCGAGCGCCGCGCCUUCGCCCAGAAGAUCAGCAGAACUGUGGCAGCUGAAGUUAGGAAGCAGAUCUCUGGACAAUAUAGUGGUUCUCCCCAACUGCUCAAAAACCUCAACAUAGGUGGCAGUAUAUCUCAUCACACCACAGUGCCCCUUACUGAAGCAGUGGAUCCAGUGGACUUGGAAGAUUACCUCAAUACUCAUCCUUUAGCUGUGGAUUCUGGACUUCUAAGGGAUUUGAUUGAAUUUCCUCCAGAUGAUAUUGAAGUUGUUUAUAGUCCUAGGGACUGUAGAACCCUUGUUUCAGCUGUACCUGAAGAAAGUGAAAUGGAUCCUCAUGUUCGAGAUUGUAUAAGAAGUUAUACAGAAGACUGGGCAGUUGUGAUCAGAAAAUAUCAUAAACUUGGAACAGGAUUUAAUCCCAAUACAUUGGAUAAACAGAAAGAAAGGCAAAAAGGUUUGCCAAAACAGGUCUUUGAAUCUGAUGAAGCUCCAGAUGGCAACACCUACCAGGAUGAGCAAGAUGAUCUCAAAAGACGCUCAAUGUCAAUAGAUGAUACUCCAAGAGGUAGCUGGGCCUGCAGUAUCUUUGACUUGAAAAACUCACUUCCUGAUGCUUUGCUUCCUAAUUUACUUGAUCGAACUCCAAAUGAAGAAAUAGACCAUCAGAAUGAUGACCAAAGGAAAUUAAACCGUCACAAGGAACUAUUUGCUUUGCAUCCAGCACCAGAUGAGGAAGAGCCAAUAGAACGCCUUAGCAUUCCUGAUGUACCUAAAGAACAUUUUGGUCAAAGACUUCUUGUAAAAUGUUUAUCACUCAAGUUUGAGAUUGAAAUUGAGCCCAUUUUUGCAAGUUUGGCGUUAUAUGAUGUCAAGGAAAAGAAGAAGAUUUCAGAAAAUUUUUAUUUCGACCUUAAUUCUGAGCAGAUGAAAGGAUUAUUACGUCCACAUGUACCACCAGCUGCCAUUACUACCCUGGCAAGAUCAGCUAUUUUUUCUAUAACUUACCCUUCCCAAGAUGUUUUUCUUGUAAUAAAGCUAGAAAAAGUCCUACAGCAAGGAGACAUUGGAGAGUGUGCAGAACCAUAUAUGAUUUUCAAAGAAGCUGAUGCCACCAAGAAUAAAGAAAAAUUGGAGAAGCUUAAAAGUCAAGCUGAUCAGUUUUGUCAAAGACUUGGGAAAUAUCGCAUGCCUUUUGCUUGGACUGCAAUCCAUUUAAUGAAUAUUGUUAGCAGUGCUGGGAGUUUAGAGAGAGAUUCUACAGAAGUAGAGAUCAGCACUGGAGAGCGAAAAGGGUCUUGGUCAGAGAGAAGGAAUUCUAGUAUUGUUGGUAGACGAUCACUUGAAAGGACAACAAGUGGAGAUGAUGCUUGCAACUUGACCAGCUUUCGACCUGCCACUCUCACAGUGACAAAUUUUUUUAAGCAGGAAGGAGACCGUUUAAGUGAUGAAGAUCUGUACAAAUUCCUUGCGGAUAUGAGAAGGCCAUCCUCUGUCUUAAGGAGGCUGAGACCUAUAACAGCUCAGCUGAAGAUAGACAUUUCUCCUGCACCUGAAAAUCCCCAUUAUUGCCUAACCCCGGAGCUACUUCAAGUGAAACUUUACCCUGACAGUAGAGUCAGACCUACCAGAGAAAUUUUAGAGUUUCCUGCCAGGGAUGUUUAUGUUCCAAACACUACUUACAG